GGCAGGCUGUUUCACCGAGCAUGUAUGUGCAUGCUUAGAGGCAUUGCUUUUAUUCUUCUCCGAGCUACAACUUGGCUUAACCAAACAUUCGGCGAAUAGGUUGAGAAGCAGGGUUACGGAGUUGGUUUCUGAGGAGGGGAAUUUUUUUGUGGGUAAGCGAGGGGCGAGGAGGAUGGGUUCCACUCCACGAAGACUCGAGGGCAAGGUUGCAGUGAUCACCGCUUCGACGCAAGGAAUCGGUUUCGGCAUCGCGGAGCGCCUUGGUUUGGAAGGGGCGUCCGUCGUGAUUUCAUCGCGGAAGCAGAAAAAUGUGGAUGAGGCGGUGAUGAAGCUGAAAUCGAAGGGCAUAGAAGCCAUGGGCUUGGAGUGUCAUGUGUCCUUGGCUGAUCACAGGAAGAGACUCAUGGAGAGCACUGUUGAGAAAUAUGGACACAUCGACAUCGUUGUGUCGAAUGCGGCAGCAAAUCCCUCUAUCGACCCAAUCGUGUCUAUGUCAGAGAAAGCCCUUGACAAGCUCUGGGAAGUGAACUUGAAGGCUUCUGUUCAAGUUGUCCAGGCAGCAGCGCCACACCUUUCGGAGAAUUCCUCAGUUAUGUUCAUAUCAUCCAUUGCGGCAUACGAUCCGACAUCAUCUUUAGCCAUGUAUGGGGUCAUGAAGACAGCUCUUCUUGGUUUGACAAAGGCUCUCGCAGAGGAAUUGGCGCCUAGGACUCGAGUAAAUGCAAUUGCACCUGGAUUUGUGCCGACACACUUCGCAGAUUUUCUCGUUCGCAAUGAAGAAGCUCGGACCGAGAUUGAGUCUCGAACUCUUUUGAGGAGGUUGGGAACAGUAGGUGAUAUGGCAGCUACAGCGGCCUUCUUAGCUUCUGAUGAUUCAUCUUAUAUCACAGGGGAGACUAUAGUUGUUGCUGGUGGCAUGAAAUCUAGGUUAUAGUUUGUGCUCAUAGGCUGAUUUGUUUAUGUUUGGAAACAUUCUCUAUGCAUUCUUUGAGUAAAACAAUCCUUGAAAUACUGCUUCACAAUUCA